AUGAGCGACCCCGACGCCCCUCAAACCAACAAGGCCUUCGUGCCUCUCGAAAACAAUCCCGAAGUAAUGACCCACCUCGUCCGCCAACUCGGUCUCUCCCCCGCCAUCGGCUUCACGGACGUCUGGUCAAUCGACAGCCCCGACCUACUAGCCUUCGUCCCGCGUCCCUCCUACGCCCUCCUCCUCGUCUUCCCCGUCUCCCAAGCCUACGAAUCUGCCCGCAUCUCCGAAGAUACUCCGCUCCCAGAAUACACCGGCUCCGGCCCCUCAGAGCCCGUGAUGUGGUUCAAGCAAACGAUCCGGAACGCGUGCGGGCUGAUCGGACUUCUGCAUGCGGUGUCGAACGGCGCGCCCCGGAAGCAUGUCACGCCUGGGUCGGAUCUAGAUGCGCUGUUAAGGGAGGCGGAGGGGCUGGCGCCGAUACAGAGGGCGGAUUUGUUGUAUGAGAGUAAGGCGUUGGAGAGUGCGCAUGCGGGUGCGGCACGGUUGGGGGAUACGGAGGCGCCGCAGGCGGAGGAUGCGGUGGAUUUGCAUUUUGUGGCGUUUGUGAAGGGUGAGGAUGGCCGGUUGUGGGAGUUAGAUGGGAGGAGGAAGGGGCCGUUGGAGAGAGGGGUUUUGGGUGAGGAUGAGGAUGCCUUGAGUGAGAGGGCGUUGGAGUUGGGGGUGAGGAGGUUUUUGGAGAUUGAGAAGAAGAGUGGGAAUCCGGAUGUGAGGUUCAGUUUGGUUAGUUUGGGGGAGGUCUUUGAUUAG